AUGAAGACAACAUCACGGACAAUUCCAAGAGUCCAGUGGCACUAUAAGGCGUGGCUAUCAAGUGAGCCAGCACCGCCCUCUCUCCAUACAUGGUCAUGCAUGUUGGCAAACAGUUCACCACGUCGAUUCAAACAGUUUCUUCUUUUAAAAACUUUUCAAUAACGAGAGAGCAUUUGUCAGAAUGAGACAUGUUAUCAUUUUGUGUUCGGUUUCCAAUGUAACAAUACGCGGAGACAAAGCGAGUGAGGUCUUAACGUCGACGUGAGUCUUCUGUCUUCAUAAGCUUAUUAGUCGGAAGAAGGGAGCAGGGCGCCGCCUGUCGGCCAGACUGCUUACUGCGCUUCCUUGAAAUGACACUUUGAACUCUGUCAACCGUGUCGCUGUGAGGAUGCUUUAGGUCAAAUAGCCAGGCCGGGCUAGCCUCAGCAAGACAAUCGCAUUAAUCGUUUUGGCAUAGUUUUUACGUCAGAUGCACUUCCUGACUCAACCCUGGCCAGCAAUGGAACUAUGCCGUCUGCCCUAAAAGACAGAAGUUUAUAGCAUUAAUAAAGAAAAUAAAGAAUUCAAUAUUUUGUAAUUACAAGACAAAUUAGGUUUCAUGUUAUGUUGGGGUUUUAUUUCUCUUCAGAUUUAAGUAAAAAAAAAAGUGUUUUACAUUUUUGAUGUAGUUUCUGGUGUCGUCACAUGACCAACAAAUCUGACUAUGCCUGCAGAUCAGUGCCAUCAUGUCUAUGGCAGGUUUCCACAGCAACCAUCUUUUGCAGUGAUGUUCCACUCCACAACCCUGUUACAUCUGUUACAUCUUGAUGAAGAGCACGGCGGUGACCACGGCAAAGCCCAGCAGCGUUACAGCCACCUUGGCCACGCGGCCCCGGCCAUGGCCAAGCUCGUGCGGCAGGAUCUCCAUGAAAGUGAUGUAGAUAAAGGUACCCGUCGCCAUACCCUCCAAUGUAUAGCAAGCCAGCCGCCCCUGCGGCGAUGUUUUGCUCUCUGAGAGGGCAACACCCAGUCCGACGCCUAGCGGUGCCAUGGCGGCGAAGAGCAGCAGGCAUGCGAUGACCAAUGGCCGACGCAGGCGGCCGUGAACCAGCGUGAAGGCAAGGCUGAGCGAGAUGACGCUCUUGUGGAUGACCAGAGCCAGACACACCUCCAGAACCUCCUCGACCUGCCCGAGCAGGCCCACCGCAAGACCCUCAAAGAGCGAGUGCAGCGACAGAGAAAAGACCAGCACAAAGGCGCGCAAGGCCGAUGAUGCAGAGUCGGACUGCUCCUUGGUGUGACGCCGCUGAUGGGGUAGCCCCUCCCCACUGUCAACUGCCUGCACGCUGGAGUUCUCCAGCAGACUCUGCCUCUCCUCAGUGAGGGCCCACGACUGGUCCCUGAAGGCCACAAUCACUUGCUCCAGAACCAGAACCAGGAAGAAGCCCAUGGCCACGAUGAACUCGGGCAGAGGAAACUGCAGCUGCACCACAAAAUUCAGUGAAAAGGUUAACAUCACAUGCUAACAGCACACGCUAAUAGUACACACUAUUACGCUGACUCAGGUGGUGCUACCCGUCCUGGAAGUCCAAGGAUUUACCGUAAUUCCUGCACUGGAGAAGGCAGCAGAGAUUCCCUGGAGAUAGUCUGGCAGGAGGUCCAGCAGGCAUGUGGCCAGGAAGACCCCGCCCGCAAAACAGUUGAUCAAGGCCAGCAGGCGCCGGCGUGACUCUGCAACGAGACAGGCGGCGUCAAUAUGCCGUCGCCCACGUUCCUGCCCACCCAUACUAUCACCUGGGCUGAUGCUGCAGGGCCCCGCCCCAUGCACGAGGCAGAGAGGGACCAGGCCAAAAAGCAGUGUGACCACCAGCAGGACCACCAGCACCGCCACUUUGAACUCCAGGGCGGGAAUUUCAGCGUUCCUCCCGGGAGACGAUAGGAUGGCCAAGGACAUCUUCGAUGUCAGUCUUCCUUGUGGACAUCAGGCCCAGAAGACACCAUCAAAAGAAGACUGAAGGCAAUAACAUGAUUGAUCAGUCAGCUUUAUUUAUGUAUUUUUUAUUAAACCUUUAUUUUACCAUUUGAAGCUUAUAGAAUCUCUUUUUCAAAAGAGACCUGGCCAAGAAGCAGCAAAAUUACAAAUACAAACAAUAAUACAAAUUUAAAAAAAAACACUAAUACAAAAGUAAAAUUGUCAGGGAUACGUUAAGAGUUGUAACAGCUAAUUUAAAAACAGUGACAGUAUCCAAUGUUUUGAGUUCCUUAGUUUCAAGAAUUGGAUCAGGUCCACCCAUUUUUAUUUAUCUUGCAGAGAGGUCCAUGAAAAGGGAGCAAAACGAAAAGCCUUUUUCCCCAGUUCUGUGAAAACAUGAGGGACAGUCGGAGUGAAAUAGCCAGUGGAUCGUAGCCUGAAAUGUCCAUGAUUCCUAAUAAUGUAGGAUCUGAGAUAGGAUGGGACCAACCCUAGCAGAGCUUUGUAAAUAAAAGUCAGCCAAUGAGUGGAUCUCCUGCCAGACCAGGAUGACCUUUCAGCUUUUUUAUACAAAGUGCAAUGAUGAGUCAAACUUCUACAUCCAGUGAUAAACCUCAGAGCACAAUCAUACACACAAUGUCCAGAGAAUGUAGAUAUGUAAUAGAUGCAUGAAUAUACAGCACAUCACCUUAGUCAAGCAAUGGAAGAAAGGUUGGUGACACAAGGCUGGCAGAGCAGGAUUACUAUUGCAACAACACAUCAUCAGUACGGUAAAACUAACCUGUCUCACGACGGCUCCGAAAGGAAAAGUAAGAUCCAUUCCUAAAGUAAAAGCCCAAUUUUACCUUAAGUUUAGAGACUAAGCUUGCAAUAUGAUACUUAAAAGUUAGACGUUCAUCGACAUGGAAACCCAGGUGCUUGUAGGAUGAGACCAACUCACCUUGACAAGUUAAGACUGGGAGAUUGUUGGACUGCGCAGUAACCCUGGAAAACAGCAUAACCUUCGUCUUCUCUGUGUUCAAAACCAGCUUCAACCUUUGCAGAAGGGCCUGAACAACAUCAAAGGCCGACUGUAAAUUAAUGAAAGCUUGCACAACAGACGAAGAAAAACAAUAAAUAAUAAUAAUAAGAAUGAGCGUCUGACAAAUUAUUGCAAAGAUCAUUUAUAUAGAUUGAAAACAAAAUGGGGCCUAACACAGACCCUUGUGGUACCCCCUUCGAGACCCUCAGAAAUGUUGACAAGGACCCUGCCAUCUGGACACACUGAUCUACCCGACAGAUAAUUUCUGAACCGAGAAACUGCAUGCUCAGAUAAGCCCACUAAUAAACUAAUAUAAGCUUAUUAGUGAUAAGAUACUGUGCAAUGUAGUCAAUUAAGAUAUUAUGAUCGACGGUGUCAAACAACUUUGAUGAGUAAAUAAAUAAUACUACACACACUUCCUUUAAAGCCAGUGCUUCAAUGAUGCCGUUCAAAACCUACAGUGCUAUGUUUUUUCCUAAAACCAGAUUGGUGUCUUGAUGCGGAGCUAGUUUCCUUAAGGAAUUCCUUUUAAUUGACUGCUGACAAGUCUUUCAAAGGCCGUUGCUAAAAUGCACCGCUUUGAAAUUGGCCUGUAAUUGUUCACAAUAGAGGGAUCUCCCCCUUUUUAGCAGGGGAGAACAAAGGCAGACUUCUACAUACUUGGAACAUCACUACAGGUAUUAAGAAGACUCAGGUUAUACAAGUUUGAUAAGGGUUGAGCAAUGAAAUCCGCAGCCAACUUAAGAAAGUAGGGUUCAAGCUGAUCUGGACCGGCAGAUUUUUUUGGGUCUAGCAGUUUCAAUUCUCUCGACACAUCCUCAGCAGAUAUAGGAAGAAUGUGAAAUGGAGCUUUCACAUUUCCUUUACAAACAAGCAAGACAUUAGCACUUUCAACAAGGAAUAAAAGAAUACAAUAAAAAUAGAAUAAAAGUGAGCAUCAAAUCAGACACUGAGAAAGCAAUCAAGUAGUCGAUGAAUAUAGUCGUCCCUCGCCACUUCGCGCUUUAAAUUUCACUGCUUCACGCUCACUUUUUUUUCAAAAUACAUUUAAUAAAUCAUGCUAUUUCGUGGUUGAAUACGGCUUAUUACCGUAGUAAAAAAUUCUGCGUAUUUAAAGCAAAUUGUAUGGUUUUUUUUAACCUAAAUUAAGCAUUUUCAAGCACAAAAAUGGCUAAAUUAAGUUAAAUACACAUAUUAGGCAUUCAGAAGACUCAUUUAAAGACAUGAUGAGCUGUAGUAUUCUACACUGGUCACUAGGUGUCAGUAAUGUUAAUGUUUGAUUAGACACUUGAUUGCUGGAACAACAGGCUUUUAUUGCAGGUUUGAAUUAUCUCACAUCAGGCAUGAUAAUCCCUAACACAACUACUAAACUAAACUAAACUAAACUAAACUAAACUAAAACUCAACUCUGAAUCCCCAACAUCACUUUCUGACCUCUAGCAGAAGAACACAUUUACGGCAACACACAAGUAUCAGACUUAUUUAUGUCUUAAAUGGCUUAUUUUCUGUUUUAAUAUCUACUAUAUCUGGUAAUAUGAGUGUAAAGGUGAAUGUAGGGGUGUUGUUUCAAGUCUAGAGGGCUCUCAUGUUAAAAAGGUUGUAAACAGGGUUUGUAUGCUCUACGAAAAUAUUUCAUUUAUAAAAAAGGAAUCCUAUUUCUUGGAAAUUUGCAUAUCAUGGUCGGGUCUGCAGCCAAUUAACCGCGAUAAAGGACGAUUACUGUAGUCUUUUAGAGCUACAUACAGUAGCUAACUGGCUACAUGGUUAACUGGUGCCACCAAGUGGCCAAACUCAGUGGAGAGCACGUGACAAAGGUGCAGUAAAUUCACGUGAUCACGUUUUUUUUUUUUAAAGAUUAUUCUGUGUAUUUUGUGUUGCGUUACAGCGAUGCCACACUGCCAGUUUGACAUUUACCGUGACUGGACACCGUCAAUUUGAUCUACUGUGACCCCGGAAAAUGACAAAGACAUUGAAAAGUUUCGAGGAAAAAAACGACAACGACUUACGCGAUAAAGUCACCAAAUCCAAUACGACGAUUCCAACGUUUUACCAGACGUCCUGCUGCCACACGAAGAGAAAGCAAAAAGAAGACAAAGAAGUUUGCUUUUCUCACUUGUGACUCAAUUCCCAUCAGCUGAUCUCACUUUUAUCGCUGUGCCGUCACGUUCCUUAACACAAACUCAGUGCUUCCGCUUUUCAAAAUAAAAGCAGGCACGCUGGGUGCUAAUUCAAGAUUCAAUAUUCAAGAGUUUUAUUGUCAUAUGCAUAGUAAAACAGGUAGUUAUACUAUGCAAUGAAAUUCUUAUUCUGUUCAUUCUCCCAAGAAAAGAAAGAAAACACAAGAAAAAGAAUAAGAACAUAAGAAACAUAUGUACCAAUAAAUUAAGCAACAACAAGAGAAGAGACAUUAAUACAGAUAAAUAAUAGAACGUUGACGGAAAGUACUGCAAGCAUCUCGGGUCAGAAAGGUGAGGAACAAUGCUACUCAAUCGGAACAAACAAUCUUACUGUAAUUUCGACAAGUUGGAAUAAAGGUGGCGUUACCACUAGAGAGUUGCCCAGGUGUGCGCUUUUUUGUUCCGUUUAGUUGCAGUUCUUCAAAAGACCGCACGUUGGCGGCAGAAGCGUUUGCAGCCGAUGCGCAGCAACAGAAAAAAAUGCGAAGGAGACGAGGGGGGAGUCACGUAUAUACCUCGAACCAGAAGUCGAAACUUUUGUUGUUGUCUUGAAGAGUUCUUAGGACUGGACCACUUUGUGAUGACGAGGUCAGACCGAUGAAGUGUGAAACGUGGAAUCGUCAUGGAUUCAGAAAGCAGACAGCUGUUAGCAUGUAACCAUGACGACACAACAGCACACACCUGGCAGCAGGAUGUGCCACUGGCCUGCUCUGCCCUGGAUGACAGUGAAUCAGAGGAUGCCCUCCAGGCGGUCGAUCCAAACCACAUGUUUGGUGGCGGCCCGUCCUCAGAGAGUGACAGCGGCAUUUGUGAGGAUCCUGUGGUCCAGAGUCCCGUUACCAUGGUGAUGCUGAACCCGCCCUCCGUCUACCAGGUGGUGUACGACCUGAACGGGCUGGGCAGCAUGAAGCCAGGUCAAGCGAGCACAGACGUCGUCUCCAUUGAGCUGGACCAGUGGAGCUCGCAGGCCCUACUGUCUGACGCGUGCGUCGUUGGCGAGAUACCGCUGGUCCCUGUUGACAAUGCUCCGCCCCAUGUGGACUUGUCGAGGUGGGAGCUGCAGCUGACCGAGGAGGAGCAAAAGUUGCUGAGCCAGGAGGGCGUAUCCCUUCCCAAUCAGCUUCCGCUCACUAAGGCCGAGGAGCGAAUCCUGAAAAAAGUUCGUAGGAAAAUUCGCAAUAAGCAGUCAGCGCAGGACAGCCGCCGCCGCAGGAAGGAGUAUAUUGAUGGACUGGAGAACAGGGCAGCAGUUUGCACAGCUCAGAACAAGGAUCUGCAGAAGAAGGCGGAGCAGUUGGAGAAACACAACAUGUCUCUGCUGAGUCAGCUGCGCCAUCUUCAGUCUCUGAUCAAACAAACAACUAGCAAGGCAGCGCAGACCAGCACCUGCCUACUGAUAAUCUUCGUGUCACUAAGUUUGAUCCUCCUGCCAAGUUUGAGUCCGAUCAGCCGCCGCUCAUCUGCAGAUGAUGACUACCGGCCCUCUGGAGUCCUUUCCAGAAACAUCCUGACAGACUUGGCCUCCUCGCCGCCCACACCCGGCGAGUCAGCCCAUCCAGAUUCAUCGGUUCUGUUUAACCCGGGGAAACCAGAAGCAGAGGUCAAAGAACCUGAACAGAAUCUUGAAGAUGUGGGCUUGCAGCUUCUCCAAUCUGGAAACAGUUCCAUCGAGAAAGCAAGUCAACGUCCCGCCAAGUCGCCGCACGCGGAUGAGAUGUAGUGACUCUGCCAAUGCCAACAGGAGCCCCUGUUGAUACAUGAGACUCCUCCCCACCUGCUCUUAGAAGCCACACCAAUCAGCUCACCUGGCGUCCGCCUACAAGAUGGCAGAGAUCUUUGUCUUUUGCAGUUUUUCUAACUUCCUGUUCCUUCAAAGCAUUUGACCCCACCCACUCACCUCUCACAUCUGCGCCCUCUCAGCAUUGUGUAGUUACUCCUCCACGAGAUGUUUUGAUGUCUCUUUUAAAUGCAAAAGUUUAUUUCGAACACUACAAGUUUGCAACACUAUGUGAACUUUGACGCUUGACACAGUCGACAGCAUGACAACAUUUCAACAAAUGACAUGGAAACAAAACUAUAACAAACAAACAACAUGAUGGUAAUUGUAAUAGAUGAUUAAUAGUUUAUUUGGAACAUGCAUUUUACAGUACACAGCAGUCCGUCAUGUCUACACUUUAACAAUUCAACAUGUCCAAAAAUGAGUAGGAAGAGGCACAACAUACUUAAUCCUACCUUUUCUUUCUCGGCAAUUACUGACAGUUGUUCACUUUCUGUGUUUUAACAUGUGCCAGCUUACCUUUUUAAAAUAGUGGAUGAAAGGGAUGAAGAUGUUUGAUGGUACAGUUGUUUGAGCUUGUAGCUAACUUCUUCAGACAAGCAUGAGCUUCGUCAUAGACCAGUUGACAUGCAGUCCAAGCUUUGUCGCCUCCUCAGCGAACACACGAAGGGCUCCCUCCAGCACGGCAUACAAGGAGCAGAACAAGGUCAUGUCGUCAGUGUAGCCUAGGUGGGAGUCAUCUUGACAACAUGCAAGUGGCCGCACGCUGCCGUCAACAGAUCGAUGAUACAGUUGUACAAGUCUACUGGCUGUGGUGAGAAGAAGGGAGAUGAUGUGAGUGAAUGUGCAUUCAAGGAGGGACAGGAGCUGAUCAUAGAAGAAGGCAUCCUGGUAAUCUGCAACAUUCAUUGGAGCGUAGGUGACUGUGAUGAUUUUCCCACAGUGGUGGUGAGCAGGCAGUCGUUCAGAGGCUCCCAGCUGAUCAGGGAACUUCGGAUUGACUGAGGGAGGACCAGCGUGACACCACCAUGGCCUCCAUUGUGUUGGCCGCUCUCCAGAGGAAGACGUGGUCACAAGCAAGCUUCACAGAAGCCAGAGAAGGUCAUGUGGUAGGAGAGUUCCCACGACAGGAGGGUGUCAGCUCUGUUCCAGGUAUAGUGAUAUAAAUGUGAUGGUUGUGAAGGGUGAUAAAACUGUUGUGGAGAUCCAGAAAUCUUGUGUCCAUUGUUUCGAGACAAGGGUGGAAUCCGUUGAAGGGCAGGCUGGUUUAACUUUACAUCACUAGUAGGUGUUGUGACAAAGGGAGGCUUCACCGGUCAAGGAUGUUGGCCCUGCAUCGGCUAGUCAGACGAUGGGGCUGCCAUCUUCUCGAUGAGGACUGCGAGCCUGCUUGAGCUCACUGUGAUGACAUGAGGAUACUCUUGAUGCUCCUCCGCCCAAAGCCAUUGGCAUCAAGAGUCGCAGCGCCUCUGCCCUGUGGAUGACCGACCGUCACCAGCACAGGUGCCCUGCGCAUAGUUUGGCCAAUGGGUUGCCGAUGUUGUGUCCUGUGCCUAUGGAGAGCUGUAUGUGACAGAUGAGCACUGUGCGUGGACCAGAGUAGCUGAGCAACCCAAGCGAGGUCUGGUACGACGGCCCCACUACAAGUGUCUACCACUGCUAGUGGACCUCCACCCACUGAGACAGAGACUGUAUGACUGACAAUAGGGGCUCACUCCGUUCAUGCCACUGUUCUGUGGAACAAACGCACCAAGGUUCUGAAACCAAUUCACAGAGGGAACCUUCUUCCUGCCUGUUUGGAGGCGGGAGACCAGGAAAACAGACCUGCAUGCAAAUGGCAGUAUAUUAAGGCCGGCAAAAUGAUCAAGUUAAUUCAUUUAUUGUGUGGUUAAUUUUUUAAUUUAUUAUCUUCCCAGGCCUAGUGCCCACAAGACAUUUUUUCAAUCUAGUUUUUAAUCUAGGUAUAUAUUGUACAGUCCAGAUAGAACUGACAAUAAUAAUAAAUAACAAGCAAUAAAUGAAUAAAUCAGACACUGUAUACUAAAUGGAUAAACACGUAUGUUCCUGAUCAAACUGACAUAACAAUGUAUCAACAAUCAAGCAUAACAGGUAAUAGUAGUUAAUGCCUUAUCAACUGAUAAGAUUAAAAUAUAUAAUAAUUUUCUUAAAGUUAAAUUCAAAUAAAAACACUAAACAAUUUAGAAGAGUAGUGUCUUUUUAAUUAAUAAGAUAAUAAGGAAUAGUGCGGAAUGACAUGUGGUCAAGUGUUUUCCUUCUUCAGUGCCUUGUGAACGUCAUUUGCUUGUAUUGUUUCUUGAAAUGGCUCAUAUUAGUGCAUUGCUUUGACUUCUUUACUUAAUUUAAUCUCACAUGCUGAUUUACUAAAGGUUGUUUGUGUUGUGCGUGCGUACAAAUGUCUUUAAGUUGUUCCCUUAGGCCGUUGUUCUGUUCUCUUCUUGGAAAAAAAAGUAGAUUGAGUUGGUGAUGUGCGGAUUGUUACUGAACUAUCGAUACAAGAUCUUUAGCUCUGAAAUCGACUCUGAAAUCAAAAUAUUGAUACUUUGAUACUUCAGUCUUCUGAGGUAAUGAUCAUAAUUAUCAGGAAUUAUCACUGUGGAAACUAACCAAUUAUUUAGAUGUUGUCUAAAUGACGCCGUUGGUGGGAACUACUUUUUCUUAUGCCUGGGUAAGUACGAAACGACAAAAAACAGUGGCUCAGUCAGUAGAUUGAAAUGAUGGCCGAUCUUAAACGAAGCCAUGCAUGAAUUACUUUUCAUUCUUAUAGAAUUUCUUAAUGAUAAUUUAAUUUAAUGUUUUAUAUUUUACUUUUUUAUUGUUUAAAACACCAUUUUCACAUACUUACCUAUUUUACAUAAUUUUGUCCUGUUUUUUUUCUGUUUUAUAUUACGGUA